UACCUCGCCAGUAUAUAUGGCCAUAGAACCGGCGUGUUGACCAAUAUGACCCUGGCCGAAGUGGACGAGGCGCGGGUUGACGCCAGGACCGCAGACCAGGGCUUUGUCAUUAACGUGAAAGAGCACAAGACAAAUCGGGCUUUUGGGCCAGCCCAAGUGUACCUCACAGUGGAGGAGUUUGGAUGGCUGGAGCAGUGGCUCCAAAUAAGGGAAACCCUUCAGCCAUCCACUGACCUGGUAUUUUUCAACGAGAACUACCAGAAGAUCAAGAACCUACAACAACACCUCCAGAGCGCAUGGGCAGAAAUGGGGUUAUCAGGUUCCCCCACAUUUACAGAUUUUAGGACCUCGAUAGCAACAUAUGCUAGAGAUGCAUUGUCCCCGGGAACCCGGACAAAGGUCAGCAAAACGAUGUGCCAUGACACCGCCACAGCGGAGAAAUUCUACGCAAUGCACCAGACAGCUACACAGCUGUCUGAGCUGCGUAAGAGGUUCCAGGAGGCUACGGACCCGGCAGUCUCAGGUCCCGGGAAAGUGGCGGAGCCUGUCAUCCUGGAGUCUUCCAGCGAUGAGGGAGAAGGCGAGGGUCCUGUGAAGAAGAAGAGGAGAGUAGCACCCAGGGUUGGUUCCACAAGCCAGGAGUCCCCAGAGGCCAGGCAGAGUCCACGGAGGCCCAGGCAGAGUCCACGGAGGCCCAGGCAGAGUCCACAGAGGUCCCAGGCAGAGUCCCCAGGCAGAGUCCCAGGCAGAGUCCCAGGAUGA